AUGAAUAAUAUUUAAGAUUAAAGAGUAUCUAACAUAAAUGAAAUGCUCAAUGCAUUAACUAAUUUGACAUAAUUACAUUUAUAUUUAUGGGAGUGCUAAAUAGUCGAUUAGGGAGCUUAUUAUAUUGGUGAAAGCCUCUAAAACUGUAAAAAUUUGAUUAGUUUAGAACUGAGCUUGUCUAAAAAUAAUAUCGGUGAUGAAAGUUGCUCUAUCCUAGCAAAAGGAUUAAGCAAUUGUACUAAAGUGCAAAAUUUAAUACUUUAUUUAUGGUAAAAUAAAAUAGAAGAUUAAGGUCUUAUCACUUUAGGAAAAUGGUUAAGUAACUGUAGUCAAAUUAAAUAACUAUUGAUCUAUUUAGGAGCAAACAUAAUUGGAAGUGAAGGAGCAUAAUAAAUUACUUAUGGAUUAAGAAAUAAUUUAGAUUUAUAAAAAUUAGAUUUAAGCUAUACAAAUAAUCAGAUUGAUGAUGGGAUUAUACUAGGUUUGAUGUCACUAACAAAAAUUGAGGAAUUGUUUUUAUAUUUAGUAAAAAAUAAUAUUAGCGAUAAAGGAGCUGUUAAAAUAGCUGAAUGCAUAGAAAAAUUGUAAAGCAUCAAAAACUUAUAGCUUAGUUUAAGAUAAAACUAAAUUUCAGAAAAAGGUUACUUAUGUAUUGGAGAUUCCUUAAGUAAAUUAGAAAAUUUGUAAACUUUGCAAUUGACAUUAGGGUAAAUAAGAAAUUUAAAAUAUUAAAGAUAAUCUAGUUUUUAAAUAAAUAAUUUAACCUCAGGAAAAAUGAAAAAUAUUUCAAAUCUUAGAGUUUAUUAAACUGUAAAAACCUACAAAUUUUGA